AUGGAGAGUUUGAGAUUUUUUGGAAUAUUUUUUGUGUGCUAUUUUUAUUGCAAAAAGUGCGCUUUAUUCAUCCCAGAGAAUAAGGGCUGGAUUGCUUUCUUGAACUACUUUGUUCUGGUAAACAUCGUAUGGCAUAUCUUCGUGUUCAUACUCUCUGAAAUUGCUUUCAAGUUUGUUUAUAGUGAGAGCUAUCUACUUUGUCAAACAUCAAUAUUUUUAAUGCUAAGAAUAUCAUCUGAGAUUACUUGCGUUUUAUUCUUCAUUCUGGGAGUGAUAAUCACUAAAAAUGUAAAAAAAGAAAUAAACCGUAGAUCCUAAGCUCUCUACCGAACACAAUAUGAAACAAAGCUAAUUCUUUCUUAAAAUAAAUCGAUUUUUAAACUCUGGGUUGUGAUUGUUUCGUAUUGUCUUGUUUCUAUCAUAUGCAUAGUUUUUGAUUCAGUGAUGUAUUAAUCUUAAAAUUGCCAAAUGAUUUCCUCCAAUAAAACUAUGAAUGGACUUAUUUGGCUUUUUGAUAGAUCAGUUUCUUACUGCUUGUGGACAAUUAUAGUUAUCUAUGUCUUCUGGCCAAAAUACUCAAGAAAUAACAAUAGUGGGGAACUGCUAAGAUAGAUAAUGAGCAUUGAGGCAGCUGAGAGGAUGAAAUAAAGAAAGACAACCUCCACGAUUAUUGAUACCAGUGUUGAUGAAAGCCAGCUUUCAGAGGAUAAAAUUAACGAACAUUUAACAUACUACCAAACUGCUCUUGAUUUUAAAUCCAGAUAAAUAACAACGAAUUGUAAUGAAAUUUCUGAACUAAAUACCAUGAUCGAGGGGAAUACAAUGGCUCAAUAAAGACUUUAAAAUCAUAGUACAUUGACCAUUUCAAAUUAGUAUUGCAAUAAUAGCACAAGAAAGUUAUAAUCAAUCGGGGUAAUAGAUGAUAAAGACGGAAAUUCAUCUGCUCAUAUUAAUUUGGGAUAUAAUUGGAGAGUAUCUAAUUAGCAAUUAUUCAACAUGAACAAUGUUUUCAAAAGAGGUGAAAGGGAUACUUUGAAAUCAUUAAGUGAUUAGAAUGUAUCUGGCUAAUCUCUAUGA